UUGCAGAUUGACUUAGAUGACGAAGAAAGCGAUCCGAACUUGACUGCAUCGUAUGUUGAGAGUGUUGUGGCUCGUGUUAAGGGUGAUCCGCUAUACUGCAAUACAACAGCCUGCUUGGACAACACCGGUUUGAAGAUGGGCACCUUCGCAAGGCAGAUGCAUGACGCUUUCUACAUGUAUGCAUCCGCUCUCAGUAGAGCAGAUUCUCUCAAGCCAGAUGGUCGGAAAGACGCUCUUACUAUGACAAGAGCAAUGCAGGGUUCAUUUCAAGGUACACGACUGAAUUGUGAGAUUAUUAUAUUUGGAGAUCAGUUGGUUCGCUACAGGGCUCACCGGACAGGUUACCUUGGACUCGCAUACCGUUAG